AUGCAUCUUCCCGACCCGAAACACCGUCUCCAGUUCCCCGGCUUGCCUGGCGUGUUCGGCUGGAUCUGCAUCGAGGGCGAGCCGCUGGAGGUGUACGACGCUACGGAGGAUGAGAGCAGGACGGUCGCGUAUGUCGAGUCGAAGGACGACGUCAAGUUCUCGGUCCACUUCCUCGACACCAGGAAGAAGGCGCCGGAGGAUCCUUUCGUUGUGCUGAUUGAUGUCGAUGGAGCCAAGCGCACCAAGUUCCGCCCUUUUGUCUUCCGCAAACUCGUCACGACGGAUCAAGCGCAGGAAGCCUGCAACGACCGGGACUUCGUGGACAAUCUCGGCACUAUUCAACUCAAGAUUUGCAGGAUCGAACACGUUCGCCGUAUUGCGACUUGCUACAAGGCCAAAGCUCCGGAAGGCCGCAUUGUCGACGAGCAGAAGAAGAAGGCGAGGCUGACGCAUCAAGUCGCGCAUGUCCUGGCGUCACCCUUUAACGAGCAAGAGUUGAUUCUGAUCAUCGCCCGACAGCUUCGGCGACACUGUAGACAGCCGCGACGGCGACGCAGUAGAUGCAAGUACAUCGACAAGCCUAAAGACCCCCUCUCCAGCCUCAUCUUCCGUUACCGGUCAAAGCUCCUUUUGCAGAUCGAAGGCCAUGCCCCCGAUCCCGAUGCCGACAAGAAGGCCGAGCGCGCGAAGGAACGUCACUCCCCUUCUCCUAGGCUCUCAGCCGAUACCGACGACUCCCUUCCUCCGCAGGUCGCCCGCCGCCAGCUCGCCGACAAGCGCGCCGAGCUCGAGAUGCUCGAAAUCGAGAAGCGCAUCGCCAAGGUCAAGCGCGAGAUCCUCGUGCUUGAGGGCGGCGAGGAAGUCGACGACCCGAAGAGGAAGCGCGUCAAGUUCGAGGAGGGCGUCAAGGACGAGUCGGAGGCUGCCGGUGACGGCAAGAAGGAGUCGAAGGAGAUGGGCAAGGGUGGGAAGAAGGUCACGGUCAUCGACCUUGACUGA